AUGGAUCCAAACCAGAACUCCUCCAACACGUCUCUGGGCUCCAGCUCCUCUUCGGCCCGUCCACACGAUAAGGGCGAGCGGCUCAUGUUGGCGUUCGUCACCUCGGUUCCUUGCGGCUUGUUCUUCUUUGUUAACGGCUGCAUCCUCUCGGUCCUGCGCAGCAAACCCCAGUUCUCCCAGUGUCCGCGCUACGUGCUGCUGUUCAACCUGGUGUUUGCCGACACGGUACUCAUGGCUCAAGGGCAGAUGAUGUACCUGCUCGCCACCUACCAAGUGUGGAUCUCAUACCCGCUGUGUAUCUUCCUGAACACGGUGUGCUUCGUGUCAGACCAGAUCUCUCCGUACACACUGAUCUUCAUGUCGUUGGAGCGCUGUGUGGCGGUGUGCUUCCCCUUCAGACACUCCACCGUGGUCACGCUCAGAAACACCCAUUUUGUCAUCAUGCUGACCUGGGCUGUGAGCACUGCAGAUGUUCUGGUCCGAGUAAUUCUCCUGAUGGAGUUCCCCUUUCACCUGCUGCCGGAUCUGCAGAUGAGACACUUCUGCUCCACGUUCAUCAUUCAGAUCAGCCCAAAGGCCCAACUCUACCACACGUUGUACACAUACUUCCUGUUCACCCUGUCGGCCGUGGUCAUCUCCUCCUCCUUUGUGGCGGUCAUGGUUGUUGCCUGUUUGGCCUCUGAUGACAAAGCUCAGGCAGAGAAGACACGAAACACUCUUCUUCUGCACAUGUUUCAGCUCGGGCUGAACCUUCUGUCGGUCAUGAACAUGCACCUGUUUGUUGUUGUGUCAAUGUGCUGUAACGCGGGGGUAAGCACCCGGCUGUUGAUCCUGGUGUACGUGUGUGUGGUGCUAAUGCCGCGCUGCCUCAGUGCGCUGACGUACGGGCUUCGAGACCCCACACUCAGACCUGCACUAGGGGCCCAUGUGUGCUGUGGGCUGAGGCUGAGGGCCGGCAGGCUGCAGCUGAAGGGACGGGUUGUCGUGACUCGACACUGA